AUGGCUAUUUACCCGUUUCAAAAGAAGAACCCCGAGGAGGAGGUGGUGGAGCUAAGUGAAAGGCCUUCUCGUAGGCCCAAAGAUACCCCCUUGAAUCAGCAGCGAAUGAAAGCAUGGCAACCGAUAUUCUCUCCCAAGACAUCAAUCAAGACAUUUCUAGCUGUUGGUAUUGUGUGCUUGUCUAUUGGAGCAUACUGGAUUGUGCAAAACAAAAAGAUCCGGGAAGUCCGCUUCGACUACACGAAAUGUCACGAGAUCGACUUGUACGAUGAACCCGAACUCAUGCCCAGCGAGAACACGUAUAGACACUUCAGAGCUUCCUCGACUGGCCACCCCUUGACGCAGUGGAGACGAAGCAAUCAGUCGCUCACGUUUGACGGGAUAACCAAGAACUAUACCAUGUGCACAAUCGACUUCUUUCUCCCUGACGAUCUCCAGCCCCCAGUCCUCUUCUACUAUCACCUGACCGAAUUUCACCAGAAUCAUCGGAAAUACGUCACUUCUCUGGAUGGGUCACAACUGAAAGGCAAAAGCGUCAGCCGAGGAUCUGUCAAGGAUUCAUGUUUCCCAGUCACGUCGAGCGGAAGUGAUCGUGGAGAGGAGAAGGUCAUCUACCCUUGCGGGGCGAUCGCCAACUCCAUCUUCAACGAUACUUUUGCGGAUCCUCAGCGGCUUCUCGGCCCGGACGCAGACCAACCUGUUCCAUACGCCAUGUCAAGAACCGGCAUCGCCUCAGACCUGGACAAGCAGCUCUACAAGCCGACAACGUACCCGGUUCCCCUCGGACCAGAUGACAACGACAGCGCUGUCAUAGUGCCGCCUCCCAACUGGGCGGAGAGGUUCCCGAGAGGCUACCAUUCCGGAAACAUGUUCAACCCGGCAGAGGACGAGGCAUUCAUGGUCUGGAUGCGCACGGCCGCGUCGCCUUCUUUUGCAAAGCUGGCCAUGCGGAACAGCGACGAGGUCAUGGUGAGGGGGAUGUAUCGACUGCAGGUGUUUUCUCACUUCCCCGCCCAUUUGCACGGUGGUACAAAAUCCAUCAUCAUCAGCACCACCGCUUCUGGCAUGGAACGCAAUAAGUUUCUUAGUACUGCAGGCAUGGCCUUGGGGGGCAUCAGCAUCGCUCUGGCAGCCGUUUCUGUUCUCUCAUUACUUCACAAGUCAAAACCGCUCAAGGAUCACAUCUAUCUCCAUCGCGGAUAG